AUGUAUCGAAUUUUAUUUGGUAUAAGUUGUAUCACUGUUCCGCUUGGAGCUUUACUCUGCAUCGUUUACCUCAUUACUUUUAUUUUUCGAGCGAAAAAAGUAUUCAAUGUUAAGAGUCACGCACUUUUAUUAAGUUGCUUAGCUCAAAUACUGCUUGGUAUUCUUCAAGGACCAAUCAGAAUGUAUUACUAUUAUAAUCAUGGAUGUUUACCUCUGCCUGGUGCGCCAUUAUGUGUACUCACCGUCUAUCUUGAUUACAUUCCAACACAAAUCAAUAAUUUUCUUGUCGCGCAACUUUCAAUUGAACGUUUUUUGCUUGUCGUAAAACCGUUUAUUUUUCAUCGAGCUCGUGGUCAAAAAUAUUCAUAUGCCAUCAUUUUUCAUUAUAUUGGUCUUUGCGUGGCCAUUACGUUUCCUUGCAUUUACUAUCCAACGAUCAUGCAGAAUGGAGCAUCAACAAUUGAUCUCGACGAUCCUUCACAAACACCGACUUGUGAUCUUUGGUAUGCACGUGAUAUUUAUGAGACAUUUGAUUUACUUAUUACAUUUACGCCUUAUUUUCUCGUUUUAUUCACUCAUCUACUUCUCAUUACCGUUCUUUUAUAUCGAAAAUUUGUCAUAGCUGAUCGACAAAGGAGACAACCUGGUUCGCGAAAAUAUCGACGUCUUCUCUUUUCUCUUAAUCUGUUUCUCAUCUGGUUUCUUUUGACAUGGUCACCUUGGGUUCUCUAUGACUUUUUUCAAUCUGUUUUAAACUUUACCUAUUCUGUUUACAUUGACGCUAUCACAACGUUCAUUGUUUACUUGAACUACACUUUUAGUUCUGCUAUUGUUUUGAUCACUUUCCAAGACAUGUAUCAAUUUUGCCUUGAUAACUUUUUCUCUCGAUGGAGAGUUUGCUUACGUCCACGUCGUGUUGUACCGGCCUUUACCGUUACUCAUGGUCAAACAAUUGGUCUUACUCGAAGAGUGGGUACUAUUCAAACAGUUGAUCCAAAUCUCACUGUUCAAUAUGUAGCAAGAAAUCCUCGUCUUACUGCUGUUUGA